UCUCCCUCUCUCCCUCUCUCCCUCUCUCCCGCUCUCCCGCUCUCCCGCUCUGCUCCAGCGCCCCGCAGCGCCUCAGCCAUGAGCCCCACGCGCAGAUCCCUGCUGGACCUCUGGGCGGAGAACCGGAGGACUCGGGUGGAGGACCCGAAGGAGCACCUGACCGCACGUCUGCGCAAGCUGUCCCUCCGGGCGGACCGUGGGCUGGUGACCUCCAUCGCGCGGCAGAAUGAGAAGCGGUCCCGGCUCCUCCCGCCCGCGGGCGGCGGUGUCUUCCGCCAGCUCUCCCCGGAGUCCCUCGCCGAGCUCCACCAGCAGACGGUCCAGAAGAAGGUGGAGAAGAAGGAGGUGGAGAAGAAGAAGAAGGUGAAGGUCCCUAAGGCGGACCGGCCCAAGCCCAGCAGGGAGCUGGAGGCCGGCCAGAUCCUGCCCUUCGUGUUCGGGGAGCCCCCAGCGGAGCUGCUCGGCACACCCCUGGAGGAGCUGGACCCCUUUCACCAGGCACAGAAAACCUUUAUUGUCAUCACCAAAGGGGGCAGGAUCUUCAGGUUUAACGCUGAGUCAGCCUGCUACCUGCUGAGUCCGUUGAACAUUGUGCGGAGAGCGGCCGUCAGAGUGGUCGUGCAUUCAUUUUUUCACUGGUUGCUCAUGCUUACUAUUCUGACACACUUUGUGUUCCUGGCGAUCACCCCCACCAUUUGGGAUGUUGGCCCGGCGUGGAUUGAAUUUGCUGAGCGUAUGUUCACAGGUGUUUAUACCUUAGAGGCGCUGAUCAAAGUGCUGUCCCGGGGAUUCUGUGUCGGCCAUUUUACAUACCUGCGCGACCCGUGGAACUGGCUGGAUCUCCUUCUGAUUGCCUGGGUGUUCAUCAGCGAGUUUGUGGAUCUGCCGGACCUUUCUGCCCUCAGGAUGUUCCGUGUGAUCCGAGCUCUCGACGGGCCCUGUCUGAAGACCUUCCGGGGAGCCCUGGUCCGCUCGGUGAAGAAGCUGGCAGAUGUGAUGCUCUUCGUCAUCUUCAUCCUCAGCGUCUUCGCCCUCCUCUACAUGCAGUGGUUCAUGGGCUCCCUGCGGCAGAAGUGCGUUGCCUGGCCAGUAAACUUCACCGAGCCUGGAGUCUCCACCUUGUCCUACGACGAUCCACAAACCGCCAUCGAAGCGGACUACUACGAGACCUACUUUCUGCCUGGACAGAUUGAUGCUCUUCUUUGUGGAAACGGCUCUGACUCUGGGAGAUGUCCAGAAGGAUACCAAUGUAUGAAGCAUGGAAGAAACCCAAACUAUGGCUACACGAGCUACGAUAACUUUGGCGUGGCUUUCCUGUCCAUGUUUCAACUCAUGACAACGGACUUCUGGGAGAAUCUGUUUCAGCUGACGAUACGCGCGGCAGGGAAGUCCUGGACCGCCCUCUUUGCUGUCACCAUCGUAGGCUUCUUCUACCUCGUCAACCUCAUCCUGGCCGUGGUCGCCGUGUCGUUCGCCGCGCAGAACCAGGCGGACCUUGCCGAGGCCCGGGAGGAUGAGGAGGAGUACCAGAGGAUUCUCACGGAGCUGAAGAGGCAGGUGAAAAAGGACUCAGGCGACGGAGCCUCUCAUCAAAAUUUCACCGAUCUUGAGAAUACCAGGGGUCCAUGUCGACGGGGAUGGGACAAGUUUGCCGACAUGUUCCUGAAAUGGGACUGCUGCGGUCCUUGUGUGGUCUUCAGAGAAUGGCUGUACGUUGUGAUGAUGGACCCGUUCAUGGACUUGUUCUUCCAGAUCUGCGUCCUUGUAAACACAGUACUCAUGGCUAUGGAGCACUUUCCCAUGACGUCGCACUUUGAGAGCGUGUUGAGUACGGGAGAAUUGGUGUUCUUUUCCAUCUUUGCUGCUGAAGUAGUCCUAAAAAUCAUUGCCAUGGACCCAUAUCACUAUUUCCAGGUUGGCUGGAACAUCUUUGACAGCGGGACCGUCAUGCUAAACAGUUUUGAACUGAUUUUGGACAUGUCUUUCCUCCGGAUAUUUCGUUUGUUGCGUAUCUUCAGGCUGGGGAAGACGUGGCCUGCCUUCAACAUGCUGAUCAGGACCAUGAGGCUCUCCGUGGGUGCCCUGGCGAAGCUCUCCCUCACGCUGGCCGGGACGGUGCUGACGUUCGCCGUGGUGGGCAUGCAGAUGUUCGGCAAGAGCUACAAGCUCUGCGCGUGCAUGAUCUCCGCAGACUGCGAGCUGCCGCGCUGGCACAUGACCGAGCUCUUCUCCUCCUUCCUCGUGGUCUUCCGCGUCCUGUGUGGGGAGUGGAUCGAGGUCAUGUGGGACAUGAUGGAGGUGGCCGGGAUAUUCUGGAGCGUAGUCUUCAUCAUGUCAGUCGUAGUCAUCGGUAACCUUGUGCUACUUCACGUGUUCAUGGGCCUGCUGUUCAGCUCUUUCCGGGGCGACUUGUUGGCCUUGUCCCAGGAGGACCGAUAUGUGGUGAACCAGCAGAUCGCCCUGAGACGGAUCUGCAGGGGCAUCUCCUGGGUCACGGAGUUCAUCAACGUGAGACUGCUGGGGAGGACGCCGGCGGACGGAGAGGACGGGGGCGGCCCCAAGAACGACAACCUCGCCCUGGAACACAUGGAUCCCCAGAAGGACCCCAAAGCAGCACCCAUCGACAGCUCCCUCACGGUGCCCAUCGCCAAGGCGGAGGUGGAUUUCGAAAACCUGGAAGAUGAAAGUGAGAACGAUGCCAUCAAAAAGAAGGAAGGGGAGAAGUCCUCGCACUGCUCACAGACAGACCCCAAGCCUGUGGAGGUCACCAUUACGACUGAGAAAGAAGGCCCGCAGGACUGCUUCUCCGAAGGGUGUAUCCGGUGCUUCCCGUGCCUGAAGACGGACAUCACGCAGGGCCGAGGGAAGAUGUGGUGGAACCUCAGGAGGACCUGCUUCGCCAUCGUGAAGCACCAUUGCUUCCGGCACUUCAUCACCGUCGUCAUCCUCCUCAGCUGUGUACCUCUGGCUAUGGAGGAUAUAUACAUAGGGCAGCGCAAAGUCCUCCAAAUCAUCCUGGCUUAUGCAGAGCUGGUCUUCGUUUGUGUGUUCUUCAUUGAGAUGGUCCUAAAAUGGAUGGCGUAUGGUUUCAAGACCUACUUCACCAACGCCUGGUGUUGGCUGGAAUUCCUUAUUAUAAAUGUUUCCGUCCUGUACUUGACGGCGACGGCCGUGGGCGUCUCCGGGGUGGGGCUCCUGAGGCUGCUGCGGGCCCUGCGCUUGCCCUCCCUGUUUGCGGGGACGAGGCUUUUGUUGAGCACACUUUUUGGGGCCAUCCCCACCCUCUUCAGCGUGCUCCUGGCCUGCAUGACCUUCUGGCUCAUCUUCAGCAUCAUGGGGGUCAACCUGUUCGCCGGGAAGCUCUUCUACUGCUUCAACGCCACCUCGGAAUCGUUAUUCCUGCCGUAUGACGUCAACAACCACACUGAGUGCCGGGAGCUCAUGCUAUUCGACUCUGCCGUGUGGUGGAAAAACCUAAAGGUGCACUUCGACGAUGUGUCCAGCGGCUUCCUCGCUCUGCUGCAAGUGGGAACGCGUAAAGGCUGGAUGGACAUCAUGUAUGCAGCUUCGGAUGCACGUUAUGUGGAGAUGCAGCCUGAGUAUGAAGCCAACCGCAGCUCGUACCUGUUCUUCGUCUUCUUCAUCAUCGGGUCCGUCUUCACUUUCACCUUAUUUCUCGGGGGUUUCCUUGACAACUAUCUCCAGCGAAAAGCAAAGAUAAGAGGCAAGGAUCUCUACAUGACAGAGGGGCAGAGGAGGUGCUGGAGAUAUGAACUGAUGUGUAAACAACAGAAGCCCAUUCCAAGACCUCAGAACCGAGUCCAAGGCCUGGUGUUUGACCUGGUCACCAAGCCGCUCUUUGAGUUUCUCGUGAUGGCUCUGCUCUGUGUCUAUAUGGUGUUGUUGAUGACUGAGUCAGACGACCAAACCUUGGAGAUGGAUAAGAUCCAGUACUGGGGCAAUUUUGUCUACAUCCUGAUCUUGGUCAUCGAGUGCGCCCUCAAGAUUUUCGCCCUCAGAAAAUAUUACUUCACUCAAGGGUGGAAUAUUUUUGAUUUUGUGGUCGUCAUUAUCUCCUUAGUGGGUAUGUUUCUCUCGGACCUCGUGGAGAAGUAUUUUGUGUCACCUGCACUUUUUCGUAUUCUGCGAGCAGCCAGAAUCGUCUGCGUCCUCCGUCUCUUGAAGAGAGCGAAGGGCAUCAACGAGCUUCUGACUGCUCUGAUGAUGUCAGUUCCUGCCAUCUUUAAUUUUGUCCUGCUCCUCCUCGUAAUCAUGUUCAUCUACUCCGUCAUUGGCAUGUCGAUCUUUCCUUUUCUGGAACAUAAGGCUGGCGUCACUGACAUGAUGAACUUUGAGACGUUCGGCAACAGCAUGAUGUGCAUGUUUCAGAUCACAACCUUGGCAGGCUGGGACGGACUGCUUUUUGCCAUUCUGAACAAUGAAGACUGUGGCCCUAUACUUGAGCAUCCAGGCGUCUUCCCAAAGGCAGGCUGUGUUGACCCCUCCUCGGGCAUAAUCUUCUUCUGCAGCUACAUUGUCAUUUGCAUCUUCUUUGGCAUCAACAUGUACAUCGCCAUCAUCCUGGAGAACUUCACCGUGGCAACCGAGGAGAGCGCCGACCCGCUGUGCGAGGACGACUUCGAGAUGUUCUACGAGACCUGGGAGAAGUUCGACCCGGACGCCACCCAGUACGUGGCCUACAGCCAGCUCUCGGACUUCUGCGACACCCUGAAGGACCCGCUGAGGAUCCCCAAGCCCAACACCGUUAAACUCAUCACCAUGAACCUGCCCAUGGCCCCUGGCGACAAGAUCCACCGCCGGGACAUCCUGACAGCUUUAACGGCGGAGGUGCGGGGUGUUUCGGAGGAGACGGACUCCCUCAUGGCGAGCAUGGAGGAGAAGUUCCUGGCGAAGAACCCGUCCGAGUCGGCCUACGAGCCGGUCACCACCACCCUGAGGCGCAAGCAGGAGGAGGUGGCAGCGGGGGUCAUCCAGAGGGCCUACCGCAAGCGUCUGCCGAAGACGGACCAGCCGGGCGAGGUCAAGGAGCCGGCGGAGGGAGAAAGAGUGGCCACCAAACCGCCGGCUCCUUCCCUCGACGGCAGCCCGGCGGGAGAGGAGGCCCCGGAGACCCAGCCGCUAAUGGAGGCCCAGGACAGCAGGCCUGCCACCGACCCCAAUGACCACGUCAUGACCAAAGUCAUCCUGCAUUCUGCCCCCCAGCCCACCGCCACCGCCACCGCCAACAACUCAGCCGAUUCUGUGGCAUAGAGCAGAGCUCCCGGGCACCGCGCAUCGUUUGCUCUUCCUGUUGGCAAAAUUGGGCCAGUCCUCCCAAUGCUGUCUUUUGCUGGUUUUGAUUUGUGCGGUUUAGGAGAGUAAGGAGAUAGAGAGUUGGGGGGAGGUAUUAUGGAAGGGGGGGGGCGUUGUUAUUGAGAUGGGUUAUUGCAGUGGGGACAAAACCUUUAAUGAAUUUGGCUUUUCUUCAUUUGGGAUGUUCUGUAUCUAUGCAUCUACGCAUCUACGCAUGGGGAUGGUUUUUGGCCGGGGAUGGAGUGGGUGGUCUGGGGGCUGUGUUUGUGUGCGUGCCUGGUCAGGAAAAAACCUGGUCAGGUUGCUGUGAUGGUGAGGUUGGGUAGGUUGGGAGUGGGAAGACCGUUUGUCUUUGAUGAUGUAUGUGUGAGUUUGAGGAGUUUUGAGGACAGGGUGAGUCUGUUUGAAGCAGGGGACUACCCCAAGAAUUUGGGAUUUUAACAUUCCUGAGGCUAAUAUGACACGGCCACGGAUGAACAAAGGAAUGAAGCAGGGUUCAUUUGCAAACCAGAUUGAUUGGCAUUGAUAUUGUGAUGUACCUUUUUCUGAGGUUUGUUUUUGCUCCUGUUAUCAGCGUAACCGGUCGGUAUUUUGCCUUAUCAUGGAGGUGUAGGUAUAUUAGUUCAGGCCUUUUUAGUAAUUUCCUUCCAAAAGAGCUCCCCAAAUUGAAUGCAAAUAUCAGCACCUGGACUUUUCUAUGAGACAGAAAUGUACUUUCAAUCAUUCAGUAAUUUCAUUGAUUCUUAAUAUUAAGUACAUAUAAAGUAUGUAAUGUUGUGUUACCAUGCAAAGCACCUCCCUGCCUUGAAUGUCUAAUGUCUAUACUUAAAAAAAAUCAUUUCAAAAUAUUUCAGGAACUUUUUAGGAACAUUGUGUUGCCUUGGAACUGUCAGACAGCUUCACUGUAACUGACUAACAAUAGCCUAAGAAGCUAGCAUGAUGCUUUAUCUUCCAAAUACCGUUAUGCUUUUUUAGAGAAUAGCUCAGGUUUUGAACAUUGUGUAUCAUGUUUUGUUACUUAAAAACAAAUACUUUUAUUUUUUUAAUUACUAUUAUGGCAGAAUAAAUGUACAUUGAUGAUUUAAAUUGCACCUAAAUUGUUAAAAACCUAAGCAUAAGCUGGGAAGCUUGAGAAACAUAGACUUCAAAAAUACCACUGUACCACUGAAGUAUGGUCUAUAUGAGAACACUAUUUUUUUUGUACCUUAUUAAAAGGCACACUUAUUUAUGUGUCUAAGAAAUAUUACUAACACAUUCCUCAAAAUACUUUUUUAAAAUACUUUGCGGCAUUAAAAAAAGAAAUUCAUUCUCAUGUUGUCAUUACCUCCGGUUACCUCAGGUUCCUGAUUGUCACUAAAAUUAGACACUGUCCCUUUAAAGGUAUGCACUGAGGUACAUAUCAUCUCAUCGAACUCUAUCUCGAGUAAAAACAAGCAUUCCCACAGGAAUUUAUUAGGUAUUUUCAUAAAGAACAGCCGUGCCUAAAGAAAAUAAUCCUGCUUACAUAUGAUGUACUUUGCAUAUAUAUAUACAUAUACAUAUUUCUAUGUUUUUAUUACAAAUAGCAUCUUAAAGUCUUUGAUAAGGGCAUAAUCAAUAUCUACUGUUUCUAAAACACUAUUAGAGAGAGAUUUUUUACAGACUUGCUUGCCUUUGGUAGGCAAAAUGGACUGAACUGCAUUCUGUUAUUGUUUGUGCUUAUUUUUAAAAUAAAAUAGAAAAAACAAGUAAAAUGACGUAAAAUGACCUGUACACAUUACUAUUAAUCACCAAUCAAUUUGGAUGGCUUUAGUUGUAUACUCAUGCAAUUUUUAUCUCGCUGAUACAACUAUUUAAUGCUGAACUUUUCCAGAGGUAUUACAGAGAAUACAUUUUACUUUUGCACUACCACCAUUGCCCACAAUCUACCAUAGCACCUUAUCAUGGUCAGUAUAUCACAGGGCCAGUCCCUACUAGGCCUUUGUAAUCAUUUCACAUGCGCUUUAUUUCUUACUUUUCUGAGUGAUUUUGAUCUUUAUGUGUGUGAGAUAUGUGUGUAUGUAUAAGCUAAAAUUUCCCUCGGGAUGAAUAAAGUAUCUAUCUAUCUAUCUAUCUAUCUACAUGGGACACUGUUUAUUGAACACUUAGUGGGUUGAAUGUGAUAUUCCUUCUGUAUUUCAAUUUUGUAUCCUUACUAAAAUGGAGGUAUGGGGUUCUCUCGACAAAUAUGUCACGCUAGGGGCUACCUUCAUUAAAAUGGUUUACUUGGUUACCACUUUGAGGCCUUGAGACCAUGAAUAUUAUUGCGUUAAUAUUAUGUGAUUAUCAAUCUGUUAACUUUCAAAUAAAUCUAUUCAUUUUCAUA